CGAAUACAGAUGGGAGUUUCAUGUGUGGAUGCUUCCCGGUUAUACCUUGGCAAGCGACAUGUUUAGUUGCGAAGACAUUGACGAAUGCAGCGAUCCUAACAGACAAACGCAAUAUAACCAAUGGAGAAGAUUGUAUUAAUAUUCCUGGAAAUUUUACAUGCAGAUGUGCAGCCAGACUAAACUUGAUUCGGGUGAACAACAUUUGCGUAUAUAACAAUGGUAGUAUUCCCUUCCUGCUCCGCCUGCGCCAAAUGCAACUAACGACCAAAUGCAAAAUGCAGUCGAAAUAACGCUCCUCGAUGUAUCGGAGUACACUGAGGAAGUGGACUCCCGACUGAAGGAUUCAGUUGCUACAAUUCUAAAUGAUUUUUGCAAAUUAAAUCAACGUCCAAGAAUUUGUGGAGUUUCUGGUUCGUUCACCUUUAUGCAAGUGAGAAGACUUCCUGGCUUCCCAUCGAUGCAAGGAAACAACGUUACACUAAGGUUUUAUGUUGAUUAUCCAAGCACCCUUCGAAAUGGCACAUUAGAGCAAGACAUAUUAGCUUCUAUACUGUUCACAGAAUUAAAUAAAUUAAAAUCUUUGCUGAUGUUCAACAUAACCUUAAACACACCAAGUUCUUUCAAUGCAUCCACUCCAUCUGCGGAACAGGAGGCCAACAGCGUUCUGUUGAGUUUACUAAACACCCCGAGUCAGAUUACCAUUUUCCAAGAAAGAUAUUUACGACUUGCUAUGGCUAUUACGAUCAAUGAAUACUGCGCUGUGGACAACUACAGACGUACGGAGGACUGUGGUUUGACUGACAGUGGUGUAAGUUUCAGUAUGAGUAACGUUAAUAUUGCGUCAACGACCUAUGGGCAAUAUGCAAACAUCUCAUUUUAUGUGAACAACCCGAGGAACCAGGGAUUUCUGUCUGAUCUUACUCUUGCUUCGAUAUUGGUCAUGCGUGAAGCAAAUUUUGAGUUACUUCUCGAACAACAAAUUACAAUCCAAACAUCAUUCGCUCCAAUGAAUCCGCCAACUGCUAGCGUCGAGCAAAUAAUUAACAGUAUAAUCAUAGAAAUAACCUUCAAUUUAAAUCAGUGGAACUUUUUGAUAGACAGACGCUUGAGAUCAGCAGCAAUUGCACCCCGAGUUUCUGCGUAUUGCAGCUUGAAUUCCGUCACCUGUGAUCUACGCAACCGGGCGUCGACAUUCAGCGUAGACAACGUACAACGUACUUCAGCUGCAACACCUUCAGCAGCUAUGAGCACCAACAAAAUUUACUACAGAUUUUACGUUAAAUAUCCUCAGACAAAUACUUCUAUCCCACAAAAUAUUCUAGCCACCAUUGUCACCGCUGAGGAGCUUGUAGUGGAGUCUCUUUCAAGACUAUCGUUCAGUCUCCAAACGCCACCUGACACUGUACAAAUUAGACUUUUUAAACUACAAAUUAAUCAGUUUGAUACAAGCUUAUUUCGCACUAACUUGGCCAGAGCUGCCGAGGAAUUUUGUGGUGUAAGAGAGUCGUUAUGCAACUUCAGUAGCUCCAGCGCCAUUGUCAGCAGUGCCAUCAACAUCAGUCCCGACAAUGUCACGAUAUUGGCUAAUUCACCUUCAACAAUUGGUGAUGGUCUACUUCUGUCAUUCACUUUACAAAAACCAGAUGGUUCAGCAUUGUCACCUGUUAUUCUAAGAACAGCUAUAAGAACAUCAACAACAGAAGUCAUAUCUCAAAAUAACUCCAUCAUAACUCCGCCGUUUGUUAAUCCUCCAUUGUCGGAUGACCAACGAUUAAACCUUGUGCGACUUAACAUUAACGCUUCAGAUACAUCUUUCGACAGAGAGGCAUUACGACUGGAUGUUCAAUAUUCGAUAGCGCUGAGAAUGAAUGAAUUCUGUCGGAAUAAUACAACCUCUAGCAUAUGCUCUUCAAACCAAUUUACCAUAAACGAUGUGAUUGUUCAAAUCGAAACGAAUGGAAGUGUAAGCUAUGCUGUUUUGUUAGCCAGCACAAACACGCCACUUAAUUCCAGUGCAGUUCAAAGCGUGACAAAUGGAACAUUCAUGUCUAGUAUUUUCAAUGUCAGCUUAAAUAUGCUUAACAAUGACAAUAAUGUGAUGACAACAAUGACAACAAAUACAACAAUGACAACAAAUACAACAAUGACAACAAAUACAACAAUGACAAUAAAUACAACAAUAACAACUGGUGAUGAUGAUGAUGACGAUACUGAUAUUGCAUUGAUAUUGGGUCUAUCGAUUGGUGGAUUGUUCUUGCUCAUCUUCGUGGUGGUUGGCAUUGUGUGUUUAAAGGCACGAAAUUCCAAUGUAUCAAAAUUUCCAGUAGCCCCUGGUGGAGGCGGCAGCUGGCAAUUUGACCGAGACGCACCUUAUACGGGUUCAGCGUUUGCCGGAUCUGAGCGCAUACCUGGAUUUGAUGAUGACGGUUUGCCGACAGAAAUAAGUUCCGGUGGUAAUGACCCGGGCACCAUUUAACAAUAUUAAUGGUUUAAGGAUUACAUUAUUAGGUCAUUAUAAACUGUUAACUUGAAACUAGCCCAUUUAAUACAACUUGCACAUGUAACUUAAUUUUACCCUUAUGCAUAGCAUAAUUGACUUCCCGAGCAGAUUAGCCUUCAGUUUGCUAAUGCAGUAGAAAUGGAACAAAUAGCCAAUGAAUUCAGCCAACAAAUGGCUUCUUUAUCAUGAAAACAUAAUAUAGUCGACAGCAUUUGAGAGCAAGGAUAUCAUAAAACGGCCAACAUCAUCUCAAUUGAACGCAUGAAUUAUAGCUAAGUGGCAAAGCGUCAGUUCGAUGUUUUUUUCUUGUUGUGAAAAUGAUUUCAAAACUUGACACACAAAAAGUAUCCGGACAAACAAAAA